AUGAAACAGGGAGCUAGGUCAGUAGAGGACUACCUAAAUGAAUGGGAGAGAUUGUAUCAUCUUUGUGACCUUCAUGAACCUGAGGAAAACAAAGUAGGAAAGUUUAUAGCUGGAUUAAGGGAAGAAUUUAGGGAGAGAUUGAUGAAUACACCUGACCUUACACUACAACUUGCUACCUCUAUAGCCAUGGAAAUUGAGAGGCAACACAGGGCAGCAAACCCCCAAAUGAGGAACAACAGGACCUAUACCCCAAGGAACACUAGUGCUGUGACCAUGCCUAGGAAGGAGUUACCACCCUCUGCACCUAAACCUACUAACCCCAGAACAGAGUCACACACCAAGCCACAGGACAUCAUUUGUUUUAAAUGCAAUGGGAGGGGACACUAUAAGAGGGAUUGUCCCAAUGCAAGGGCGUUUACCAUGAGAGAGUGUACUGACAUUAGGCAAAACACUAACCCUAAGAGACUCUUGGUGUUAAAGAAUGGGCAAGAGGAAGAGUUAGACCCUCCCAGCUUAAGUGAUGAUGAUGGUACAUUUAUAAGAGAUGAGCAGGGGAACUGGCACCCUUUUGAAGGAGAUUCUGAGGAAGAAGGAGAACUGGAGAAAAUUUCCCCGGAAGAAGAGCACUUGAGCCUCAUUAUUAGAAGGAGCUUUCACAACACACCCUUGAGCAAAAAAUCAGACCAAAGAGAGAAUAUCUUCCAAACAAAAUGUAAAAUACAGGGGAAGGUAUGUGAUUUGAUUAUUGAUAGUGGGAGUGAGGCAAAUUGUGUCAGUAAGCAGCUAGUGGAGGAGUUACACCUAAAGACUAAGGCUCACCCUAAUCCCUAUAAAAUGAAAUGGUUAGACACCAAGGCUAGUGGUUCAGUAAAACGUCAGUGCCCAGUGACCUUAACUUUGGGAACAUAUGAGGAUGAAGUUUUAUGUGAUGUCUUAGAUAUGGAUGCAUGUCACCUCUUGCUAGGUAGGCCCUGGCAAUAUGACAAGAAAGCCAUGCACAAUGGGUAUGACAACACUUACACUAUUAGGCACUAUGGGAAGAGGAAAGAAUUUUUACCCCUGCCCCCACACAGAGCAGUGCCACCCAAGCCCUCUAAGGAACAUGUGCAAUUAAUGAAUAGAAGAGAGUGUGAAAGGGAAGUGCAGGGAACAGAAGAGCUGUAUUUGUUAGUCACCAAAGAAGUACAAGAUCCCACACCUAUACCUGCUGAGAUGACUGAGCUAUUAGAACAAUAUAAGGAUGUGUUUCCCACUGAUCUACCACCUGGAUUACCACCAUUCAGGGGGGUGGAACACCAGAUUAAUUUAUUACCUGGGGCUAGUCUUCCUAAUAAGCCUGCUUAUAGGACUAAUCCCAAAGAGGCCCAAGAGUUACAGAGACAGGUAGAGGAUUUGAUGAAGAGGGGCUAUGUUAGGGAAAGUUUGAGUCCUUGUGCAGUACCCACUCUUCUUGUGCCUAAAAAGGAUGGCACAUGGAGGAUGUGUAUUGAUAGCCGUAGUGUAAACAACAUAACCAUCAAGUAUAGGUUCCCCAUACCUAGGAUUGAUGACAUUUUGGAUGAAUUAGGGGGUUCUCAAUGGUUUAGCAAGGUGGAUCUCAGGAGUGGAUACCACCAAAUCAGAAUGAAAACAGGGGAUGAGUGGAAAACAGCCUUCAAGACCAAGUAUGGGCUGUAUGAGUGGCUUGUUAUGCCCUUUGGUUUGACAGGUGCCCCUAGCACAUUCAUGCGCCUGAUGAAUGAGAUUUUGAGACCUUUCCUAGGGAAGUUUAUAGUUGUUUACCUAGAUGACAUACUCAUCUACAGCAAGGACAUAGCAGCACACCUAGACCACCUCCAACAACUAUUUGAGGUUCUGAGAAAACAGAGGUUGUAUGCAAAGCUUGAAAAGUGUAAUUUCUUACUACCUGAGGUUAGCUUCUUAGGGUAUAUUGUGGGCAAGGAGGGAGUCAAGGUAGACCCAAUCAAAGUCCAAGCCAUACAGGAGUGGCCCACACCCACAACCCUCACACAAAUUAGGUCUUUUCAUGGGCUGGCUUCCUUCUACAGGAGGUUUAUCAGGGAUUUCAGCUCUGUUAUGGCACCCAUAACAGAGUGCACAAAACAGGGGAAGUUCAACUGGACACCCAAGGCCCAGCAGGCCUUUGAGACCCUUAAAAGUAUGAUGUGUAGUGCUCCCAUUCUCAAGUUACCUGACUUUACUAAACCCUUUGAGUUAGAGUGUGAUGCCAGUGGCAUGGGGAUUGGGGCAGUGCUUGUUCAAGAAGGUAGACCAGUGGCAUUUUUCAGUGAAAAGCUCAACACUAGUAGGCUUAAUUACUCCACCUAUGACAAAGAGUUCUAUGCAAUCAUAAGGGCUUUAGACCAUUGGUCUCACUACUUAAGAAUUCAACCUUUCAUCUUGCAUACUGACCAUGAAUCCUUGAAGUAUAUAAACAGUCAGCACAAGUUAAGUAGUAGGCAUGCUAGGUGGGUGGAAUUCAUGCAAACCUUUGACUUUUGA